AUGGCAACACAAGGCGGAUGCAGCUCUCGACAGACCACUUUCGACGAUUGGAAGCAGUCGGAUUCAUACCACAACUCGUUCUUGUUGCCGAAGGACGACGCGCUCGACGCUGCUUUGAAGAAUAACAGGGAGCAGGGUCUCCCUGACAUUAGCGUCUCCGUUGCUCAGGGCAAGCUGAUGAACCUCGUCGCGAAAUCGAUGAAGGCAAAGCACAUCCUCGAAGUUGGAACCUUGGGAGGAUACUCCACGAUAUGGUUCGCGAAGGCACUGCCGGCAGACGGGAAGGUGAUAACUUUCGAAAUAGAUGAACACCAUGCAAAGGUUGCCUCCCAGAAUCUCGAAGCAGCCGGGUUCUUGGACAAGGUAUCCAUUGUUGUAGGGUCUGCCGUACAGGAGCUCCCAAAGUUGCAGCCCGAAGAGCCCUUCGAUUUGGCCUUCAUCGACGCUGACAAACCCUCCAACCUCUUCUACUUCCGGGAAGCCAAGCGGCUUCUCCGCAAAGGCGGAGUGAUUAUUGUCGAUAACGUAGUCUGGAACGGAAGCGUGGCGGAUCCGAAUCUUACGGAUGAGAACAUAGAGGGAGUCAGAACGUUGCUGAAGGCAAUUCAAGGUGAUGAAGAAGUCGAGGCAACCACCAUCGGCAUCGCAGGAGAUAAGGGAUACGACGGGUUCCUCUAUGCCCUUCGAAAGUGA